CACUAUUUUAGCAUCGAACAAAGAAGACAGAAUCAUCCUUGUAAUGCAGCCUAGCCCGGCCAGAAACAGCCCCCCUCCCUUCCCGAUCGAUCGUUUGAUCUAGUUGCUGAUGAUUGAUCGAUGAAUGGAUGGAUGCAUCAAUGGAUGGAUGGAUGGAUAUGGAUCUAUCCAACACACGCAAGGAACAUCCAUCGAAGGCUUCGGUACUUCUAGGAACUAGGCUGUAUGUACCUCUGUUCACAGGUAGAUUGGUGAUUGUUUCUUGUUUCACAUGAUCUGUUCACCGCUUAGUUGCAUCUUAGUUGCUUGUCUGAGUGAGUGGCCGCCCGUGCGCUUGUCUUGUUCUGCGGUCGCAUUUCGUCUUCCCUCCUUCUUCCAUUCUCCUCUUCCCUGCAGUAGUAUUGCAGCCAGGGCUACCAACCACAACAGUAUUCGAGCCAAUCCCUCCAUCCCCUCCUCCUCCUCCUCGAAACCAAUCGUAGGGUCAUGCGUGGCAACAUCUCGUGGCCGCCACGUUUUUGACCCUCCCAACCAGUCUAAGUGCUGUACCAACCGGGUUCAAAGUGUGCCCGGCUGCCGCUUGGGGGCAGAAUCUCUUUCAUCUUGUGAACGUACUGUGUAGGUACGGAGUACGCCGUCCAUGGGAGCAGGCAUUACGGAGUACGGAG